AUGCUUGCUGCUAUUCUCCAUGAUGUCAAAGCAUACGAUCCGAGAGAUCACGGCCUCAACCAUUUAGCUAUACAUGGAGAUACUUUGUUUCCAGAUAGACAACCCUUUACAGGAGAAGUUGGAUACUGCGGGUCGAAUAGGACUAUUGACACACAAAAAUUCGGACGUUGUGGUGUGUUCAAAAAAUGUACACUCAAACGCGGGUUUACGGCCCAGGAAUAUUCGAUCGGCCAAUCGGAUGGAGACUUUGCCCAUGCCGCCUCCUUUGAGUAG